AUGUCACUCCAAGUCAGAGGCCCCGACUUCUCGGUGACGAAGCAGAAGGCCCUCGAAGAUGCGAAAAAGAUGCAAGCGGCGGUGGACGAUGAGGUGGCCAAAGCUGGACAGGACAAGCCGCCCUAUCUUCUCAAUGAACUCAUUGGCAAGGGAAGUUUCGGUCGCGUCUAUAAAGCAACCGACAUCAACACCAGCAUGCUUGUUGCGGUCAAAAUCAUCGACAUCGAAGAGAGCGACACCGUCAACCCCAAGCUUGCCGACACUUUCAAGGAAUUUUUGGCCGAGGUCAACGCUUUGAAGCUUCUCAGUGACAGCGGCGCAAGGAACAUCAAUCAUGUCAUCGACGCAUUGCCCGUCGGCCAAUCCAUGUGGAUGAUCACGGAGUACUGCGCUGGAGGAAGUGUGGCAACACUCAUGAAGCCGACCGCUCCGGGUGGUCUGCAAGAGAAGUGGAUUAUCCCGAUUCUCAGAGAGGUCUCUGAAGCUGUCUUCUGGGUUCAUCGACAAGGCAUCAUUCACCGCGAUAUCAAGUGCGCCAAUGUUCUAGUCACUGAGGCUGGCGGAGUGCAACUUUGCGAUUUCGGAGUGGCCGGUGUCAUUGAGACGAAAUUCGAUAAGCGAUCAACCUUCAUCGGCACCCCUCACUGGAUGGCUCCGGAACUUUUCGAUCAGUCAACAUCGUAUGGAACAGAGGUGGACAUUUGGGCAUUCGGCUCCAUGGUUUUUGAAAUUGCUUCUGGCUUACCGCCAAACGUCAUGGCAGGCGUCGACGUAUAUCAGCUUGGAAAUUACAUCAAGGCACACACGCCUAGAUUGGAGGGCGACCAGUACUCCGACCGACUGAAGCAUUUGGUCGCCUACUGUUUGGAGGAGGAUCCGACCAAGCGACCGACAAUUGAAGAAGUACAAAACCACCCUUAUAUCGCCAACUCGACCCAAGAAUACCCGGCAGCGUCACUAGCAUUACUAGUGAGAGGAUUCAAGCUUUGGGAGUCUCAGGGUGGCAGCCGUAAAUCACUAUUUGCUCCUGGAGGAGCCCAGGGCAUGUCCGGCAUGGAUGAGUCCGAUUUCUCAUCCACUGCGAUGGCCAACGACGAAUGGAAUUUCAGCACAACAAUGGCGUUUGACCAACAGGUCUUCCAAAAUACGGAUGCUCAGGCAGUCUACGAUGUGUAUGGAUCAAACGUGGAAUUCGACCCUACGCUUCUGGACAACAUGUCUCGAUCCAAGCCGAAGUCGCGGCGGAGACCGCCACCUCAGCAACUUGCCGCCAUGAAGGCUCCCUUAGAGAAAGUGUUUGACCCGAACACCAUCUCCAACUAUGAGGACAACUCCCGAGCAUACUAUGGCAGGCCAAUUCCUCCACCAACUUCAGAUCUUCCGUUGCGAGACGAUUCACUCCAGUCAACAGCAGUGAGAGAAUCGCUCAUCGACCUAGACGCUUCACUUCACGGCGGUGAUCUGUCCAACUUUGUGGAUAUGAACACCAUCAGAGCCGGCGCACCGCGCGUAUCUGUCGAUUAUCACAUGGGCGACGAGCCAGACUUCAGCAAAGCGCCUUCGAGCGACCCGGCGGAUUUGAACCCGAACAGAAGGACACAGGACUGGAAGUUUCCUUCAAUGGCACCUCCGGCUUCCGCGAAUCCGGAAAUGUCGAGGUUUCCCUUCAACGAAGACCGACCCUUCAACGAAGACCGACCCUUCAACGAAGACCGACCCUUCAACGAAGACCGACCCUUCCACGAAGAUAGGCCCUCAUGGGAUGACCAUUCGGGACCCAGCUCUGCGUCGCGCCCGCAAAUGUUCCACUCCCAGACCGAUCCUGUCCCCGCUCCUAAUUAUGGCGGCGACUUGAUGGUUCCCCGGCCUGGCUCACAGAUGAACAAGAGAGAGUCCACGGGGAGCUUAAUCGACCUCGACAUGGGCUUGGCCGAUAUGGAUGAACUUAUGGUUCCGCCUCCCAGUAACAUGAAUAACCGUAUAUCGACUGGUAGCUUGAUCGACCUCGACAUGGGCUUGGCCGACCCCAUGCCGGAGCUGACUCGCCCUUCAACGGCAAACUCAGACGUCGCAUCUGUUAGCGGCUCAGAGAUGGGAAUGGCUAACCCUUUCGACCUGGAGCGCCAUGCUUCUCUUUACGUGCCCAUGUCAAACCGGGAGCCAUCCAUUUAUGUUCCGACAUCGAACAGGGAGCCAUCUCUUUAUGUACCAACAUCAAACCGAGAACCAUCAAUCUACGUCUCAGACGAUUCGGACUUCGCCUCACGCACUCCCAAAGACGACGAUCAACUAAGCCUCGUCGACCUCUCUCUAGCUGAGCCUGGUGCUACCGUUCGGCCCAAUGGUCAGGGCGGGUUGCGACUCAAUACGCAUCGCUCCUUCAACAGCGUCAAUAGCGCCGACUAUUCCGAUCCCGAGUAUCUGACUCCACAGCAGGCCGCCCAGCCAGCCCUGCCGCCAGGUAUCCCGCGGUCAGUAGGGAACCGGGACAGCGGCACUCUUCCUCUGCCUCCCCCACCAGCGCCGCCAUCUGUGGAGGUCAUGCAAGGUUCAGCGAGCGCAGACGCCGUGAAGGAAGAGCUGAGGAGAAUGGCGAUGAGUCUGGGUGAGCAUUUGAGUCACGCGAACCAGUAUCUGUCGACGCUCCCAGUGCGUAAGGGCGGAAGGCAGGACCUGAUGGGUGAAUCCACGUGA